AUGGCAUUACCUAAGAAGGGCUGGAUCAUCAUUGCCCUUCUACUGACAGCUAUUAUUUUGGAAACAGGGAACUUCUCAGGUCAGGUAUUACCGGUGCACUACGAAGAAGAACAGUUUCUAUCCCACACCAGGGAGAAAAGGACUGUGCCUACAGACCAAUGGAAUUACAUUAUUGAGGUUGCAGUGAAUGCCUCUAAUGUAGAAACAUUUCAGGAGAUGCUUUACCUCUUGAAAGCCAGUUUUCCCAUAGAACUUGAUAACAGCACAGAGAUCUCUGACAUUAACGUCACAACAGUGUGCUCCCCAACUUCAACUGGCUUCCAGUGUAGUUGUGAGGACCAUUUUGCUUGGCCAUACAGCACUUGUGUCACGUACGGACCGUGUGAGGAACUAUCCAGUGGCAUCUGUAAAUGCAUUAACGCCAUUCCGGCCGAUGGCCAGUACUGCCAGCCAAUAUCAGCGUUGCUAACUCAGUUUGAGUACUCAGUGGACGUGGAGCUGAAUGUCACCGACAUUGAGACGGUGAACUACCUUAGGAGCCUCCUGGACAGCGGCAACUUCACCCUCGCCUUGGGUCCCACUGUCAACGUCGCACACAUUGACAUCAGCACAGUGUGUUAUCCAAACGGUACCAACAUCCAGUGCAGGUGUGAGGACCAGUAUGUGUGGUCAAACGACAACUGUAUCGCAUACGGAGCCUGUGACGAGAUCAUUGGGGACAUGUGCGGAUGCAUCAACAGUAUUCCCACCAACGGGCAGUACUGCCAGCCAGUUCUGGUUCUUUAUGAAUACCAGAUCUUCAUUGAGGUGAUCACCACGGACGCAGAUCAACUGAGGAACUUCCUGGACAAUACAUCUUUCCCCGUCGAAAUCAACCCCCAAUUAACCAUCUCUGAGGCUAACAUCACUACAGUUUGCAGCCAAGACCACACUGGAAUCCAGUGCCAAUGUGAGGAUGACUACCUUUGGCCUUGUGACAAGUGUGCCACCUAUGGGACAUGUGAUGGUAAUACAACCAGCACAUGUGGGUGCAUUAAAGGUUUUCCUGUUGAUGGACAGUACUGUCAGUCAGAACACCUUCAAAACUUCACCUCUUGUCCUGUUUCAACAAUGUCUCCAUCAACAACAACUCCUCCAGUCGUCUAUGAAUACUUGAUUUCUUUUGAGCUGAACACCACAGAUGUUACUGUCAUCGAUCUACUGAGAAACAUCGAUUACCCAAUCAGAAUCACCGAUGACAUUCAAGUCUCUGACUUAAAUAUAUCUACAGUUUGCUCUCCGAGCAGCAUUGGUUACCAGUGCAGAUGUGAGGACCAGUAUCGUUGGCCAUGUGACCAGUGUCUCAUGUACGGAUCCUGUGACAACAUCACUGAGGACACAUGUGGAUGCAUCAAUGCCAUUCCUCCUGAUGGACAACACUGCCAGCCUGCUGAUCAGCACAACUUCACCUCUUGUCCUGUUUCAACAAUGUCUCCAUCAACAACAACUCCUCCAGUCGUCUAUGAAUACUUGAUUUCUUUUGAGCUGAACACCACAGAUGUUACUGUCAUCGAUCUACUGAGAAACAUCGAUUACCCAAUCAGCAUCACCGAUGACAUUCACGUCUCUGACUUAAACAUAUCUACAGUUUGCUCUCCGAGCAGCAUUGGUUACCAGUGCAGAUGUGAGGACCAGUAUCGUUGGCCAUGUGACCAGUGUCUCAUGUACGGAUCCUGUGACAACAUCACUGAGGACACAUGUGGAUGCAUCAAUGCCAUUCCUCCUGAUGGACAACACUGCCAGCCUGCUGAUCAGCACACUCCUCCAGUCGUCUAUGAAUACUUGAUUUCUUUUGAGCUGAACACCACAGAUGUUACUGUCAUCGAUCUACUGAGAAACAUCGAUUACCCAAUCGGCAUCACCGAUGACAUUCUAGUCUCUGACUUAAACAUAUCUACAGUUUGCUCUCCGAGCAGCAUUGGUUACCAGUGCAGAUGUGAGGACCAGUAUCGUUGGCCAUGUGACCAGUGUCUCAUGUACGGAUCCUGUGACAACAUCACUGAGGACACAUGUGGAUGCAUCAAUGCCAUUCCUCCUGAUGGACAACACUGCCAGCCUGCUGAUCAGCACACUCCUCCAGUCGUCUAUGAAUACUUGAUUUCUUUUGAGCUGAACACCACAGAUGUUACUGUCAUCGAUCUACUGAGAAACAUCCAUUACCCAAUCAGAAUCACCGCUGACAUUCAAGUCUCUGACUUAAAUAUAUCUACAGUUUGCUCUCCGAGCAGCAUUGGUUACCAGUGCAGAUGUGAGGACCAGUAUCGUUGGCCAUGUGACCAGUGUCUCAUGUACGGAUCCUGUGACAUCACUGAGGACACAUGUGGAUGCAUCAAUGCCAUUCCUCCUGAUGGACAACACUGCCAGCCUGCUGAUCAGCACAGGAAUGUCUCGGGGUUCCCCAGGAAGAGCUGUAAAGUGUUGCUGGGGAGAGUGUUGUCUCGAAUACCCGCCUUAGCUUGCUGCCCUCGCAACCUGGCCCCGGAUAACUGGAAGAAGAUGGAUGGAUACAACAUAUCCGAACACAACAACACCCACAACUGUGGUGACCAAUUCAACACCGACUGCUACACCUCAGGUGAACACAACAACAGCCACAGUGUCACCAACAAACUCAACACGUCAUGCUACAACACAUCAGAGCACCACAUCACACACAACUACACCAACUCAAGAUUCAAAUUGGAAAUGUCAGUUGAAUUAAACAAGUCCUUCAAUAAAGACUUAUCUAAUGUAUCAUCUUCUACAUACAAGGAUUUUGAAUUGAUGAUUAUUCCAGUGUUAGAGAACGAGUAUAAAGGAAUCACAGGGUUUCUCGGUGUUUCUGUGACCGGAUUCAGAGAAGGAAGCACCAUUACUGACUUUGUUGUUCAGACAACAAAAAUUAUUCCGGAUGAAGUGGCCGAUGCAAAUAAAAAAAUUCCAGAAGCAAUGGAGCCUAUUGCUCCUGUUAUUGGCUCAGUUACUGCAUUGUACAACAGUCCAAUUGACAUCAAAUUUACAAGCCCCAUUUACACUGGCCAAACCAUGAAGCUGAUGUGUGAGAUUUCUGACAACCUUAAUGUGGGAAUCAUUUCCGGUUCUGUGUGGAAAUUUAAUGGAAUGGAAAUUGGAAACAAUACAAGGAUUACAAUAUCUACUUCUGCUACUACUUCUAUCCUUACAAUUGAAAAAGUCAUCAGUCUUGAUACUGGACGGUACGACUGUACUCUGACAGGCGGAGUAAUAUCUUUCAGCCAAAACGGAGUUGUCACAAAAGAACAUAUCAGGCAAGCUCCCAUUAUACGACUUCAGAAUGAAGAAGUGAAUGUUAAAUGUGGUGGUACAGACGCAAAGGAUCCAUCUCUGAAGUGUUGUGCGAACUACCCGGUCAAGUGGUUCAAAGGCCCAAUGGAGUUAAAAUCAGAUAACGAUGAAGAAACCAACUGCUCCACAUAUGUUUACUCGCUAGUGAGCUGCAGUGAAUCACAGACAAUUGUUUUCGACUGUAAAGUCGAUAAUCCACCUUAUCAAAAGUCAACAACAAUGACGUUUUUUGAAGACGAUCCUGUAUGUGAGGAUUCUCUGUAUGGGGAUGGACUAGCAGGCAGCAUAUCAAGAAUAGGAUGUGAUGAAGGUCAAGAAGGGUUCAAGGAGGCGAUGUGUCAGACAUCAAAAGAAUGGGAAUUAUUGGAGGACAACUGCAUUGUCACAGCAAUCAAGGAAUUGUUAGUUGUUUCGAAGGAUUUGGCCCAGGAGGAUGUGCAAGAAUUUGUCGAGUUGCUAAGUAUGACUGUCCAAACUGAACAAAGUGAUAUUGUUAAUUCAUCUGCAACUAUAUCCGCUAUCGUUGACAUCAUAGUGACCAUUGCAGACCUUAUCAAUAAUGAAGUCACUGAAUCUGUCAUAAAGAAUGUACUUCAAACAGUUGAUGACAUCAUUGGUGAUGAUUCAAGACAGUCCUGGGCAUUUCUGAAUGCAAAUAAAACCAGCAGUUCGAGCUCAGGCUUACUGGGUUCACUGGAGUCCCUCACUAGUGGAUUGGUAGGGACGUUUGGCGUUGAGACUCGACGGAUCCUACUAAACAGAACCACAUUUAACGGCUCCUUCACAGCAGAUCUGAAUUCCAGCGUCGUCAUAGAACUUCCAGACACCAAUCUUAUCAAUGUCUUUAUCACCACCAUCACCUUUCGUACUCUUAACAAUGUUUUGCCAGCGCGGAACUCCAGCUUUAACACCAGCUUAUUCGACGCCAACAGCAAUGAGACUGUCAACGAUAAUGCCAUCAACGCUGCUGUCGUGCUAGUCCAAAUAAAUGACACAAUUCGGAAUGUUACUCUGAGCUACAACAAGCUGAACGAGUCCCUGACACAAGUCCCACAGUGCGUCUUCUGGAACUUCACACUCUUUGAUAAUCUGGGCGCCUGGGAUGAUGAGGGCUGUACAUUUGUUUCCGACAUAAACAACACCGUUACCUGCAGCUGCAAUCAUCUCACCUCAUUCUCAAUUCUGAUGGCGACCAACAUCCCACAAGGGCUGAGAGACGCCUUGGAUAUAAUCACUUAUGUUGGGGUUGGGAUAUCCCUGGCAAGCUUAGUUAUAUGUCUAAUAAUUGAAGGAUAUGUUUGGAAAGCCAUUACCAGAAAUAGCACUGCCUUUAUGCGUCAUGUUUCCAUCAUCAACACUGCCCUGUCUCUGUUGAUCGCUGACAUCUGUUUCAUCAUUGGUGCCUCUAUUGCUAAGAACCCCCUCGAAAACCCAGGGGAGGACUAUGAGGUUCCAAUCGGGCCAUGCAGCACAGCAACAUUUUUCAUGCACUUUUUCUACCUCGCUCUAUUCUUUUGGAUGCUGGUGUCUGGCCUACUGCUCUUCUACCGGACGGUCAUGGUCUUCUCCCACAUGUCCAGGUCAACCAUGCUGGCCAUUGGUUUCACAUUAGGCUACGGGUGUCCCCUGAUUAUAGCUGUUAUUACUGUUGCUGUCACAGCACCAGGAAAUGGAUACAUCAGGAAAGACAAUGCUUGUUGGCUCAACUGGUUCGAGACACAUGCCCUGCUGGCCUUGGUGAUACCUGCCUUGACUAUAGUUUCAAUCAACCUUGUAAUCGUAGUCGUAGUCUUGUACAAAAUGCUGAGAAGAGGUGUGGGAGACGCUGCCCAAACAGAUGAAAGGCACACGCUGGUGGUCAUUCUAAGGUGUCUGGUCAUUUUGACUCCUUUAUUCGGACUGACCUGGUCUUUAGGAAUCGGAACCAUGAUAUCGUCAACAAAUAAGGGAGUCCACAUUGCCUUUGCCUUCUUCAAUUCACUACAGGGCUUCUUCAUUUUAGUGUUUGGGACACUAUUUGAUUCAAGGAUCCGUUCUAUCCUGUCAAGAAAAGUACCUACAUCAAGCACAGGCUCAAAUAAUGCAACAAGAAGUACAAGUGGUGGCAUUUCCUCUCACAGUGGACUAAACUGGAUAAAUCGACUGCGUGGAAGAAGAUAUGUCUACCGUGUGUCAGAAGCGGCAAAUUCAAGCAGCGCUGGUGCAUCAGAAUCAUUCGUCAAUAUCUGAGUAUUCACACUGUUCACAUGAAAUUAAUUGAAUUACUGAUUAAAGAGUUAUUGUUUAUAAUAACAAACUCAAAGGCAUAAAGUUCACUAGGAUGUCCCAGUGAACUGUGAAAUGGUACUUUUGAGACAUAUGCCUUGUGCUGCUAAUUUUUAAAUGUAAAGUCUACUGUUUCUUGGUUUGGUUAGAUGCACCAAAGCAAGAGCAAGUAACAAGUAAAGAAGCAACUUCUAAUUAAUGAAUGUCUCACAAUAAUAACUCAGAAAAUGACUGUGUAAGUAAUAGUAAGUCAUUAUUUUUAGGUAAACUCAAGUAUUGAAUCAUAUGAAGAGUGUCUAGAUUUCUCAUGAUUACCUUACCAUUACCUUUUCUGUGCCUAUCUAUCUAAAGAGUAACUAGUAACGAUUUGACAAAGUAAAUGGUGAAGUGGUAAAUGGACUUGUACUUGUAUAUUA